AUGGAGAACGAGGAAUUGCAAGCAAUCCGAGCAGCCCGUAUGGCUGAGCUUCGUGGCUCUGGUGGCGGAGCAGGCCCCUCUGCAGGUGGUCCACCUGGUCCUGCGGGCUUUGACGGUGGAUCAGGUCGUGCCUCGUCAGCAGGUGGCGGAAAGAAUCAAGAAGAGCAAGCAGCACAACAAGAGGAAAUGAAGCGUCAAAUGUUGAGCCGUAUUCUGGAUGCUGAGGCUCGCGAAAGGCUAUCGAGAAUCGGCCUAGUGAAACCACAAAAAGCAAGAGAGAUCACCGAUUUGCUCAUUCGCAUGGCUCAGUCUGGUCAGAUUCGUGGUAGGAUUACCGAAGAUCAGCUCAUCGGUCUGCUGGAUCAAGUCGAUCAGGCGUCGGCAGGCGAAUCUGCUGGGAAGAUUACUUUCACAAGGAAGAAGACGGUUCAGGAAGACGAUGAUAGCAUUUUCGAUCUGUAG